AUGUUCUUUUCAAAUUGCACUCUGAACCAUUACCUACGGUAUAUUAAUACCAUAUACUGUAUUGCCGAAACCAUAUUUUAUACAAUUUUGUUUUCUACAGUUCCACCAGAAGAGCCAUACUUUAAGGAAAAAGCGGUUGUUGGUAAAACGUUUGCCAUAACCUGUGAAUCCAAUGGUCAUCCUUCACCAAGUUAUACCAUAAUCCAUAAUGAUACCAAGGUCGUCAGUAAUGACAAGACGUAUACCAUAGAUGUUGUGCAGUACAGUGAUGCUGGGCUAUAUAAAUGUAUUGCAGAGAAUAAACUUGGAAAUAGUUCAACGAUAUAUUAUUUAUCUAUUCUAGGUAAGAUUCAGUAUUUUCAGAUACAAAAACUGUUUUUACAACUUAUGUUCACCACCUCUCGGUUUACUAUCUCUAUUGGUUAUAAUAAUAUAUUGUCUUUUGCAUUGGCUUCAAGGAUUCCACUGUAAUGAACGUGAAAGUGUAAUAACAUGGUUUUAUUAUGUUUAGAUCGAUUAAUAAAUCCAACAACUGGUGUUAGCACUCAAAAUUUCUUGACUACCGAGAAUUCUAGAUCAGGUGAGGUGUUUAUACUUCGGCAAUUAAAGCAAGUUGAAUAGACUAUAAAAAUAUGUAAAUAUAAAAUAUCUUCCUGAAACAAUAUAUAGUUUCUAUAAGAAGCCCCUUCCCCCUGACCUCAGCAAAGCUAUAUAGUGUUAUUUUGUCGCAUGGUACAGAUAUUGGGGGGGGGGUUCGUUGUUUUAUUACCACUGCAGCAUUAAUCAUCGUUACUACUUGGCCUUGGGAGUAGAAUUCAGAUUGGGAGAGACUGGGAGAAACAUGAACAGCAUGUUUUGUGAUCCGAGACCGCUAUAAUAAACAACUCGAAAAUCAUAGCGGAUUGUGUCUAUAUUUCUACAGUAUAUACCUUUUUUAAUGUUUCUAUGGCGUUGUGUUUAUCAGUUUUAAAUAUUUCUGUUCAGUCAAUACAGCUGACAACAAAGAGGAUGAUGGGACGACUGUUGCAGUAUGGCAUAUUGUUGUGACGUUGGUGUCUGGAUUUAUUGUUGGAAUUCUCUUUUCCUACAUUGUAUGGUUUUCUUGUCGUCGUUGGUUUAGAAACAAAAACCCUGAAGCACAACGAACUGAAGUUGAUACAACUUAUCAAGAGCUUGAUAUUUCAAAAAUGAACACAGAAGACAAUUAUCAAUCGUUGAGAAACACAAGACCUCAAUCAAACCCUGAACCAAAGCCAACUGAAGCUGAUACAACUUAUUAA